UCAGAGCGGGCCACGGUACGACUGUGUUCUAGUUUUGGUUGGAGACCGGGUGGGUGAUGCGCUUCCAAGAGCAUUGAGUGUGUGGAGGAAUAGCAUUGCAUAGCUUGAAGAAGACUUCAGCAAGAUAUUGACAAAGAGAAAUCAUGCGAGCGUUGUUGGGUGUGUUGGCGUGUUCUUUGACUGUACUCUCGGUCCAUGGUCUCUACUCUGCCAGUGAUGAUGUGAUUGAACUCAACCCAUCCAAUUUUAACAGAGAGGUCUUGCAGAGCGAUAGUCUUUGGCUUAUUGAGUUUUAUGCCCCCUGGUGUGGCCACUGCAAGAACUUGGUUCCUGAGUGGAAAAAAGCAGCUACCGCUUUAAAGGGAAUCGUGAAGGUGGGUGCUGUAGACGCAGACCAGCACAACUCUCUGGGUGGCCAGUAUGGGGUCCGAGGUUUCCCAACUAUCAAGGUCUUCGGGGCCAACAAAAACAAACCAGAAGAUUAUCAAGGUGGACGUACCAGUCAGGCCAUUGUAGAUGCAGCUCUGAAUUCUCUCCGCUCCUUGGUUAAAGACAGGCUUGGUGGAAAGACUGGUGGUUCAGACCAUGGCAGACAGAGUGGAGGGGGUCCUGGCAAUAAGAAGGAUGUGGUGGAGUUGACUGAUGAUAACUUUGACCGUACCGUGCUGAAUAGUGAUGAUGUCUGGUUGGUGGAAUUCUUUGCUCCCUGGUGUGGACACUGCAAGAAUCUUGAGCCUGAAUGGACGGCAGCUGCUACAGAAGUCAAAGAGCAGACCAAGGGUAAAGUGAAACUGGGUGCUGUUGAUGCUACUGUUCAUCAGGGUUUGGCGAGCCGCUAUGGGAUUCGAGGAUUCCCCACCAUUAAGGUCUUUCGUAAGGGGGAGGAGCCAGAGGACUAUCAGGGAGGACGUACACGAUCUGACAUUGUCGCUCGUGCUCUGGACCUCUUCUCUGACAACAUCCCUGCUCCAGAGCUUCAGGAGAUUCUUAAUGAAGAUACAUUGAAGAAGGUCUGCGAGGAUUACCAGUUGUGUAUUGUAGCUGUACUGCCUCACAUUCUAGACACGGGUGCAUCUGGAAGAAACGGUUACCUGGAGGUUAUGAAGAUGAUGGCAGAGAAAAACAAGAAGAAGAUGUGGGGUUGGUUGUGGACCGAGGCAGGGGCACAGAUGGAACUGGAAGCCUCUCUCGGGAUCGGAGGAUUUGGCUAUCCUGCCAUGGCAGCCAUUAAUGCUCGCAAAAUGAAGUUUGCGUUGCUCAAAGGUUCAUUCAGUGAGACGGGCAUCCAUGAAUUCCUCAGAGAACUUUCUGUUGGCCGUGGCUCCACUGCUACAGUGGGAGGCGGAGCCUUGCCAAAGAUCAACACCGUAGAGCCAUGGGAUGGGAAAGAUGGAGUGCUGCCUGUGGAGGAUGACAUUGACCUGAGUGAUGUGGAUCUGGAUGAUUUGGGAAAGGAUGAGUUGUGAGGGGCUGGUCUAAACUACUCUAGACCCAAAUAAUGCCCAUGUCUUCUCUCCCAUGGAUGAGGGGAUGAUUGGGACACGAAAUUCUUUAGGACUCCAGAAAAGAUAUAAAUAAAACAAAUGGUUGUGAGCUUUUACAAAAACUCUUCCCUUAGUUUAAUAAGAGGCAUCGUCAAUGGUUGUUAAGCUCUGCCUCACAAACGCAUAUUUAGUGCCUGUUUGAGUCAGGAUGGUGACCCGGAAAUGUUGGUGUCUACUUAUUUUCUCUGUGUACACUCCGCUGUAAACGGAUGUCACACAGAGGUUUAUAAGAGUACACGAUUGUUUUAUAUAAAAUAUCUAUUUCAUUAAGAACAUUGGAUGGAUUAAAUCGUGAUUCGAUAUACUGAUUUCCAACUAUCCAUUUUGCCCCUGUUUUUCCUUGAUCUAGAUAGGGAAUUUUGCCAUAAAGUUAACGUCUUUCUGGAAGAGAUUCUUAUUGAAUGUAAGGUACCAGAUGCGUAGUUAUUCUUGUUUUAACUUUCUCCCUCUGCUGUGACCCUAUUUCGAUUACAUAUUUUUAAAGUUACUGAGCCAGCUUGCAUCCCAGGUUGCCCAAUUCAUCAUUUCCUGGACAGGGUAUAAUGUGGACAUCGUGUAGAUUUUUCUUACACAGCUUGUUUUUUGUUAUGAAAAUAAAUAAAACCAAAAUAAUACAGUAA